AUGAGUGAAUCGUAUGAAUCGUUGUCUCAUUUAAGUCGUGAAGAGUUGUAUUCAUUAGUGAAUGCAUUGAAACAUUACUCCCGAAGAAGUGGUCGCCAGAAGAUCAAAGAGUUUACUACAAGUGAUAGCCCAACAGACGGUACUGAGUGUGAGACCAGUUAUGAGACAAUCGGUGGUAAAGCGUAUGUAAAUAGGACUCAAAAUAAUGCGAGACUUGUCUCAAGAAGUGGUAAUACUUUGAAUGAAAGCAAUGCUAAGCAAAAGCGAUCAAAUGAUGACAUUAAAGGACUGAACGAUAAUUCAGACAAAUGUGAGACAAUCGGCGGUAGAGAUGAUCAGAAAAAGUCUGCAAUUAAUAAACAAUUUGCCGAAAGACUGUCUCUUUUGAGAACAUUUACCAAAAGACAACUCAAGACAGCAAAUGAAAGCAAAGAUAAUGACAGCGAAACCGAUGAGGAAUACAAAGCGAUUACAAUUAAUGUGGAAAUGAGUGAUAAUUCAGACACCGAUCGCCCGAAAAGGGGCGACAAAAUUGAGGACAAAUAUGAUAGCGAUUAUAAUGAGCGCAAUAAACCUGAUGUCAAUCCGAGUGCCCCCCGAGAGCGACGUUUUAUGAAAAUAUAUUUCUGCGAUAUCGGGAACUGUAGCCAACAUUUCGCCCGAACUAGUGAUCUGACGGCUCAUAAGGGGGCCGGCGAUCAUGUGUUUGGACAGCCAUUCGUGUGCGGACUCAAUGGCUGUCCGUUCGAGUCGCUAUCCAAAGAGGAUUUAAUGGAUCACAUGGAGACCUGUGACCACAAGAUGUCUAGUGAACAGUGCGUUAGGGCGCGUGAGAACCGGUAUGCCUGCGAUUGGAUUGGCUGUGAUAAGAGAUUUGUAACGGAAUAUACACUCAAUAAGCAUAAACAGCAUAAGCACUUGGACAGCACCUUCCGGUGGGAUGGGAGGGAUCACAUAAAACUUGCUAAACAUGCGACCAACCACUCAAUCAAUUAUGUGAUGAAAGUACACGUGAAUAUUAAGCAUAAGAAGUGCUAUAAAUGUGUUGAGUGUGGGAAGGGUUGGGGUUCUAAAGCGAUACUCAAGAAUCACAUGAAGUCUCAUAAUAGUGAUCUCAAAAUUACGUGCGAAUGGUAUGGAUGUGAGCGACUGUUCAACUGUAAGGGAGCCAUGAAAAUGCAUAUGAAUACACAUACGGGAGAGACUGUCUACCGGUGCCAAUGGCCCGGAUGUGACAAAACAUACUUUACCAAGUGUAGUUUACGAACUCAUGGAAAUAGGCAACAUAAAGGAAUUAUGGACUACCGGUGCUAUUGGCCUGAAUGCGAUUAUACAUCAACUGCAAAGCUUCAAUUUCAUAAUCAUAUCAAUAAACAACAUAAAGACAUGAGUAGGAAGUAA